AAAACAGAGCCGCAGACCAUAAAGAGAUCUCUUCGAUACCAAGAUGAGGGAACUCAUACGACGCGCUGUGCUCCUGGGAUUGCUCAUUCGCUUCGCUCGGGGUGACGAUGCGUUUCUGACUGAUCCGCCAGAUUACAUCAAAGAAUGUAAAAUAGCCGAUACGAAUUUUGUCAACUGCUCCACGCAAAGCAUUCAGCAGCUCUUCGACAAGCUAAACGAUGGAAUUCCGGGCCUCACAAGCAUCAAAAGCUUUGAUCCUUUCCACUUGAACCGCAUACGCAUAUCGCAAGGCAAUAGCAAUGCGAUCAAUCUGAAAGUCGAGCUGGCCAACAUCAAGAUUUUUGGAUUCGGUCACACCAAAGUGAUUGAGAGCUUAGUUUUCAAAAAGGACUACAGCUGGAAGACCACAUUCACGUUGCCGGUAAUGAAGCUUCAAGGCGACUACAGUUUAUUCGGGCGCAUUCUGCUCAUACCAUUAAAUGGGCGUGGUCAGGUGUUUUUAGACGCAGAUAACAUGACUGUCACCAUGCACACCAAGACGCGACUGUACACCAAGGGCGGCUUCACUUUUUACAAUGUGACCAACUGUCGCGUGGACUUCAAAAUGGAUGGCCUGAAGUCCUACUUCUCUAAUUUGUUCAACGGCAACAAGCAAUUGGAGGACAGCACCAAUAAAUUCUUCAACGACAACUGGCGAAUGCUGGCGGAUGCUCUAUACACUGUUAUCACGCAGACAAUCGAGGACAUUCUGCUCGAUGUUCUGAAAAAGAUUUUCCACUUCAUACCAGCGAACUACUUUGUCAGCGAUAUUCCCACUCCGGAACAGCUGUAUGGUAAAGCGAAGCCGAAACUAAAAUAAACGUAGUUCAAGAACUUUGAGCUCUUAGUGAUAUUUAUUGGUUUCGUUAUCGAUAUAAGAUUAUUUAAGC